AUGCUUGUACCCUGUUUGCACCUUGUGCUGAUCAGGUAUUUUGGCACAAUGACAAAUAAAUGCGAUUUAGAAGGACUACAUCUUUGUUUGUAGGAUGAAAGUUAUAGGCUGUGCUAGAAUGCAAACUUUGCGGAUUGUAUGAUCUUCUGCUGAUGAGAACAGGACAAUAGCUCGGUGAGAACGUUUCAAGAGCAUUGGAUUUAACUUGAAGAUCAACAUGAAGUUCGCCCAGUUGUUGUUAAAGAACAACUCAAAGCUAAACAUACCAAUGCAAGUGGACCGAUUUUCUAAGUUCUCUCCGUCCCCACUCUCAAUGAAGCAGUUUAUUGACUUUGGAUCUGCCAAUGCCUGUGAGAAGACCUCCUUCAUUUUUUUAAGGCAAGAGCUUCCUGUCCGGUUAGCCAACAUCAUGAAGGAGAUAGACUUCCUCCCAGACAAACUGCUUAGCACCCCCUCUCUGAAGCUGCUUCAUAGCUGGUACGCCCAGAGUCUGAUGGAGCUUGUUGACUUUUUAGAGAAUAACCCUGAUGAUAAAAAGGUCUUAACUAAAUUCACAGAAAUGUUGAUCAAUGUCAGGAACAGGCAUAAUAAUGUGGUGCCCACCAUGGCACAGGGAGUGCUGGAGUACAAGGAGGCCUUUGGCGUGGAUCCCGUGACCAAUCAGAACGUCCAGUACUUUUUGGACCGUUUCUACAUGAGCCGAAUCUCCACACGCAUGCUGAUGAAUCAACACACAUUAAUCUUUGAUGGCAGCACCAAUCCAGCCCACCCUAAACAUAUUGGCAGUAUCGACCCACACUGUGAUGUUGUGGAGGUUGUAAAAGAUGCCUAUGAGAGUGCCAAAAUGCUGUGUGAUCAGUACUACUUGACCUCUCCAGAAGUGGAAAUCAAACAAGUGAACUUUAAAGGACCCAAUGAGCCCAUAAAUAUAGUUUAUGUGCCUUCUCAUCUGUACCACAUGCUCUUUGAACUCUUCAAGAACGCAAUGAGAGCAACUGUGGAAACCCAUGAAACCAGCCUACAUCUUCCACCAAUCAAAGUGAGAGUUUCUCUUGGGAGUGAAGACCUGAGUAUUAAGAUGUCUGACAGAGGAGGUGGUGUUCCCUUGAGGAAAAUUGAAAGGCUUUUCAGCUACAUGUAUUCUACUGCACCGAGUCCUGUGAUAGAAGAUACUCGCAAUGCUCCUCUGGCUGGUUUUGGCUAUGGUCUUCCUAUCUCCCGCCUCUAUGCCAAGUACUUCCAGGGAGAUCUACAGCUGUACUCUAUGGAGGGAUAUGGAACAUCGGCAGUCAUAUACCUAAAGGCCUUAUCCUCAGACUCCAUAGAGAGACUGCCUGUUUUCAACAAGUCAGCCUUAAGGCAUUAUCAAACCAGCACAGAGGCAGAUGACUGGUGCAUCCCGAGCAGUGAGCCCAAAAAACUGGGAAAGUAUGAAUAUAGUGUCUGAGAACCUGUGAUCGUGCUCUGGGAGGAAAAGUUGAAAUGAUGAACUUAUGAACUGAACAAGACUAUGGUCAGUGUGUGUGGAGGCCAUGAGUUAAUUAGGAUAACUAUAUAUUUGACUAUUCAGGUAUUACAGAAGCAUAGUAUUAUCAAAGGUUUGAUCACUUAUUUUUUGAAUGUUACCAUCUGAAUGAAAAGGGCAUUUUUGUCUUCCAUAUCUCAUGUUUCUUAUACACCACACACUUAAUUUGCGGUGCUAACACUUUCCAGCUUUCCUUGAGAAUUUCAAAGAAGUCGCUGGGUUUCUCUUAAAUAGGAAAAUAUAUAUUGUAACUGACUUCAGACUUCAAAUGUACAGAAGCUAAUUGGUUGUUUGAGCAUGUGUUGAUUUCUAUAUAUUAGCAUGUAUUGUCAAGCCGACAAUUCUGGAAGUAUUUUUAGGAGUAUGUGGACUUGUUUUAUUCAGUGGGACCAAGUCAUGAGUGUCCAAUGCAUUGUGCGAGUCAUAGCCUUCAUCUCUUGUGUUUGAGAGAUCACACAAAUUAACUAAAGUAACCCAGGAUUUAUUUAUUUUCGUGGUAGAAAAUGCGUUCACAAUGCAAGCCUUAAAAUGACAAUAGUUGCAUAUUGAUUGAUUGUUUCUUUUGCAGAGUUAGAAAUGUUCCAGUAACAGUCAGAUUUACUGUCACUCCUGUAAGUUUAAAUUAGUUUCUUAAACAAUGAGGUCAAAUAUUUCACACAAAACAUUAAAUGUAUGCCCUAUGCAUCUUAGAAGAAGAAUAUUAAUACUAAUACUAAAAUAAAUUUUUAAAGUAAGCUCAAGAGUUGUUGCCAGGGUAACAUAAGUAACCCAGUUCAUAUACUGUAUAAAAAAGGGUUUUCUGAUAUACUGGGCAAUUGCCAAACUAUUUUUCUUUCUUCAGUAAGGGGACUCAAAGGGUUGUUCCAAAUAUAAGAAAAUGUCCAUAAUAGUUUCGGGCCCUUCCACAGGACUGUUAGAGAAUUGUUCAUUCAUACAGUAAUGCCAUGUUCCCUUCAGAGUAUCCACAUCAACGGCUCUGCCCUUUGAAGUGAGUAGGGCAUAUUGAUGAUCACUUUCGACUGGAAUUCGACCACUGUAUGCAAUACAGAUAAUUCUGACAACAGCUCAUAGCUGAAAACAUUUAAAUUGUUCUGUGUGAACAAACACAACAUGUAGCACCAUAGUCAACAUUUAUGGAUCUUGUGGCAAUAUUCCUUUAUUUUCAUGUUAAUUUUUAAGAUAAAUGAAAUGUCUUGUUUUUAAUUAUAUUAUCUCAGGAUUGUGCAAAUUUGCCUUUCAAGUUUUCUUUUCCAUUCAUUUAUUUUUCAGAGUUGAUUUUAUUGUAUUUAAUAUUUGUCAAGUUGGCAUUUUGAAAGCAAUGCGAAGGACCUCUAUGAAUAUUAUGGGAAUUGAAGUGGCAAAAGCUGCUUUCUUACAAGUGACCCUCAUCAAAUUCUACUAUCCAUUUCCUACUGAAGUAGGUUUCAGCUGCUAGCAGAUCAGCUGCUAAAAUGUGUUUGCCUUUUACAGAGGAGGAAGUACAACCUCAACGGUUCAUUUGCACAUUUCCAGUUAUAAUCUAGUACUGAAAUCUACAGUGUUGAUCAGUGUCCUCAUUCAUACAUCAUAAGAUUAAUUUGCAGUCAUUGAGAGCACAACCUUCACUUGAAAACACACCUCCUUCCUGAUGUGCUUUAGAUACACAAUCCUGUAUUCAGAAAGCAGCUAGAAUCUGGAAGCACAGGAUCAGUGCCUAAAAAACAGUGUUUGCCUCACUGCAAUAAUAAAUAGUUGCUCCAUUACUCAUUUAUAGAUUCAGUGUGAGAGGGCCUGUUUCUGUACUAUUAAAACUAUGAAGUGAAAAGCAGAAUUUUGAUUAAUCUCUCUCU